CUCGCUCUCUCGUGGGCCAUUCGGCGACGUCGCGAAGCUCCGCGCUCCCGUGACGCCAUCGACGCGACGUUUCUCGCGGUCAUGCUAGUUUAUAUUUUCUUAGUCCUACUAGUUCCGCUCGCGGAACGUGAUGCGCCCCCGCGUCAGGUCGUAGGGCGACAGCUCGACCUUCACGCUGUCGCCGACCAAAAUCUUGACGAAGUUCUUGCGGAUCUUCCCCGAGAUCGUGCAGAGCAGGACUUGUUUCGUCGCGCCGAUCUCGACCCUAAAGUUCGCGGACGGCAGCGCCUCGGUGACGACGCCAUCCACUUCAAUUUUGUCGUCCUUGACCUUGCGCUCGCGCACGGGCUUUGGCGCCUGGAGGUCCUUCUUCUUCUUUUUGGCGUCCAGUUGUGUCCUGCCGGGCGCGCGCCGCGCGACUGCAGCGGUGCUCCGGGCUGGGGGCGCAAAUGCUGCCGCGAGGGAUGCGCAGGCACAGAUGAGCAACGCCGUCCGUCGCAUCGUUGUCAACUACGUUCUAUCUAUAUGUGCAGAGCUUCUGGCGAUUCCUGUCGGCGGUCCCUAGUCGUAUUGCCUCGCUCUGUCUGCCACUGCUGCAUGCAAGCAGGUCGCAACUCCAAGACUUCGGACGCGCCAGGCUUCCCUCCGACGCUUGCGGAUAGUGGUCUUUCGCUCCUUUUCAAGCGCAAA